GAUCGAAGAGGACAAAAGAAUUGAAGAGAAAGAGGAAAAAGUCCUUCGCUGCAGAACGCAGACCUGACCACAGUCCCUCUCUCUUUAAGGAAGCACCUGUUGCUCUGACAUCUGUCUGCCGCCUUCAAAGUCUUCUCAAAAUGGCCGUGAUGCUGAAGCCAUGGACGGUGCUGGUGGCGGUGGUGCUGUGUGUGUUGGUGUGUCUGGGCACCCUGGCAGACGCCUAUCCCCCCAAACCAGAGAACCCCGGAGAGGACGCCCCGCCUGAGGAGCUGGCCAAGUACUACACCGCCCUGAGACACUACAUCAACCUGAUCACCCGGCAGAGGUAUGGGAAGCGUUCAGCCCAGGAAGAUGUGAUGGCAGAGCUGCUGUUUGGAGACAAUAACAGAGACCAGAGAUCAAGAUAUGACGACUCUUACAUGUGGUAACUCCGCCGCGUCUCUUCCCUCCUCAUCGGGCAUUCCCUCUGGGUGCGUCCCACAGUGCACCUGGAGGGGCCAACAUGUGCCUCUCACCUCUGACCCCUGACCUCUGACCCCUGAACCCGACCACAACCAACCAACGGCCAUCUUUGACUGGAACACAGCCUCUCUCUCACUCUCUCUGUCUCACUCUCUCAGUCUCUCUCUCUCUCUCUUGUUGCCUCUCCCCCUGUCUCACAUCUGUGUCAUGACAAGAAAAUUGUACAUAAUUUAUUAUUGAAAUAAAGAUAUAUAUCAGAUCAGAGCUACAAACCCAGAGGUGGAACCCUGUCUGUGUGUGAGCGUCGAUCUCCCUUCCGCUGUCCUACACUGUCUACAGGAGAAAAUUCUUGUUUUAAC